AUGGUUGUUACAAUUAUUGAAGUAAUCGGCCCAGCAGAAACUAUAAAUGGCUUUGUUGUUGGGAUCUCUGAAGAAAAUGCUUGUCCUACAACUUUUGCAUCAUCCCCACUGGCCUUCGAAUCACCAGUUUUUCUUUAUCCCCUUAUAAGUGAGAAAUUGCAAGCUGCAGCAGCCACAUAUUCUGCUUCAGCUGUGGAAAUUGAUACAAAUAAAUUUUCAAAAUCAUCUUCCGUACAACAAUGGCAGGCUGAUCGUAUGCAGGAUUAUAUUAAUGGUCUUGAUGAAGAAUUAUGGUCAUGUAUCUCUGGAAAUGUCAAUGUUCCAGUGAAUGUUCAAACAAUUGGAUCAUCUUCUACAAAUUCUAGUGUUGAUAAUCAAACUGAUCGACUGAAGAAACUGGAGAAGAGACAAAAAGAAGGUGAAACAAUUGAAGUGUACUAUGAUCGACUAAACGAGUUAAUAUAUCGUUGUAAUGGCUAUGGAAUUAGCAUGACUUCAAUGGAAGUCAAUCUCAUCUUUGUGAUGGGUCUUCGAAAAGAAUGGAAAAGCAUAAGUAUGAUGGUGAAGAAUGAACAAAGUUUUGAUACAUCAACUCUCAAUGAUUUGUACAAUCAAUUGAAGACACACGAAACUGAGGUAAAUGAAAUUGUUGAGGAGACGAAACUAAAUUUGGGAGGUCCAUUGGCACUUGUGUCAAAUAUAUCUGAGAAAGAAGCUGAAAAUGGUGAUUCUGAGGAAGAAGAGGGAUUCAUCAUGAAUUCUUAUGAUGAGGCAAUAGUAUUUUACUCAAAUAAUCGUCUUAAGAAGUUUUUCAAAAAGUCGUUCAAUCUGAAGGCUAAGCUUGCUGAGGUAAAAGGAAGUGAAAGGCUUGAAGAGGUUCGUGCGAAAGCCAAAAACUUAUCAUUGGUUGCAAAAGGUGAACAUCAGGAUGAAGAUGGAACGUAUCAAAUCUGGUCAUCUGGAUCAAAUGACGAAGAAACGAGGAAUCCAACACAUGGAGCAAUGUAUGCGAAAAUAGAGGAGGACUCGGAUGAUGAGGAAUUCGAAGAGAAAGGGAGAUGCUUCGUAUCCAAGACAGCCGACAAAUCUCCAAUGACAACAAAGGUACAGAAAAUUAUCGAAUCUUUUAAUAUUCCUAGACAUGCUUAUAAUUCUGAACUAAUAUCUUUUAAUGAGACAGUUAGUUAUUUUGAUUCAAUUGUUGUAUCUGCUAGCAAUGAGGCCAACAAAUUGUCAAUGGAGUUGUUAGAGACCAAAAAGCGAUUAGACAUGAAAAUAAAUAAUUUUGACAAUAUUAGUGAAAUUAGUGAAUUUGAGGAUGUUGAUUGUUCCCAGUUGUUUGUUGUUAAUGUUGUAUCAAUAGUUAAAGGGAAAGAAAAAAUUAAGGAUUUGAUGGUUGAAAAAGAAACUGAUAUACCUCCAACUUCGAAAGUUUGUGAUAUGAACUUCGUGAAUGUCAAAGACAGUCAAACGGAUGAUAGCGAUGAUGAAGAUGAAGAGAAAUUUUCGAAGGGAAAUAAAUCUUCAAAGGAAGAAGAAACUCCAAGAAUAGUUGUUGAUCAAGUGUAUGGUAAUACACAAAAGUUCAAAAAAGUAAUGACUGAAAAAGGUGAACAUUACCUUGAAACGAAUAUUGUCGUUUAUUCAAAUUUCAAGUGUACAGAUGAUGUCAUUUUUCCAAAUCAAGUUUUCGUAACUAUUGGAAAUGUUGAGAAUAUCAAACCAGAAUUAAAGAAGUUUGUUGAGGAGGAUAAUUCAAAAACAACUGAUGAAGGUUUUUUCGCAAAUCAAAGCACAGUUGAAAACAACUUAACAAAAAAUUCAUACGUGUUUCAACGUCAAAAACCACAAACAAAAUGGGUUCAAAAAUUGAAAAUUGAAAAAGAGAAUUCAAAACAAGUUGUAAAAGAAAAUGAAAAUUUUUUCAAACUAAACUCCAAGGAAUUCAAAGAUCAAAUUGACAAAUUUUCGAAGGAAAACAACAUUUCAAAAAGACAAGCUAGGAAGAAAAUAUUUUGGCAGAAUAUUGAGUCUCAAAAGAUGUCUAAAUCACAAUCAUCCAAAAGUGUUUUCAAAGCUAAAAACUUCUCUUUUUCAACAAAAACUCAACAUUCAUCACAAUCAAAUCAUUCAAGGUCUGAAGUGAAUAAACAACAAAGGUUUACGAAAGUUUCAGAAACAAAUAUUCCAUGA